AUGGCGAGUAAUUCCCAUAGCCUCGCGUCGGCACAGACGCGUGAGAAUUUUGUAACGGUGUGCAACCAUAUGAAGGAGAUGUUCCAGAAACAAGGGUUUGAGGACCCCGAAGGCAAGAUCAAAUUGUGCAUCAGGUCGGCACACAACAAAAUCAUGAAGAGACUCUUCCAGAUGGACCACGGGGUGGACUGGCUCGGCAGACCAAAGGCGGUAUCUGCCGAGUACUACAUGGAGCAGAUGAUGGAGCAGAUGUGGCGCGGAUGUUGUGAACUUUGUCGCAUCCCCAAUAACGAGAGAGCACCUCUGCCGGUAGCCGUUGCUCUGACCAAAGCACACAUGUACGGAAGCCCCCCAGCACCUGAGCAUGUCAAGAGGAUAGAGGAACACGAGGCCCAGAAGAAGGUUUUGGACCCAGAGACCAGGAUUGAGCAGACUCCGCUGGUAGUUCCGCCGCCGCCGAGCCAGCCCGAGGGCGCGGACAGCGAGAGUGUCCAGCCCUCAAGGGAGGAUGAACAUGGCAACUGCGUGCUGGGACAUGUCGAAGCCAUGGACAAUCGAGGCGGACAAGUGCGAGAGCACACUACAGACGAGGCGACCGACAAGAAGCCAGUCUACUACAGGGAAUGGUUCAACGGUCAGACUGACACUGAGUGCAAAUUCUCCAUCGACGAUGACGAAGCGGACAUAAACAGGAUGUGGGAGCUCUGGGAGGAGUAUUUCGGCAGACAAGGGAUUCGGCCCAACACCAAGUACCCAUUCGAGCUCUGCAUCCCAGCCAACAAGAGCCGCCUCUUCUUUGGGGCCCAGGGCUCGGCAAUCAAGCAAAUCAUGGCGCUGUGCCUGACCCCAAUCCGUAUAUGUACACGGUACGAUUCCGAGUGGCUAUACGUUGGACUCUGGUUCCGAAAGAUGGCGAGGAGUCCACGCAUGCCAUUGCUUCAGAUGUACUCUAUUCUGCAUCAUUGGAGCAUCACACUCGACCAAGGCUUGUUCUUUGAUGUGAAGCUGGGUCAGGAGAUUGAGCAAAGGGCUCGCGUGCUCGCCGGUCAGGUGGGCGACAGCAUGUGGCGGCAACGAAGCAGCACUACAGUCCGAGAGUCAACCAUCGUCGGGGACGAGGAUGAGUGUGCAGACCGUGAGAUGGAGUAG